AAAAUAAAUACUCUGUAUUUCCUCUGUCAAAAAUUAUUAAUUUAUCAUACUAGAAGUUAAAACAAAUAAAAAAAAAAUCAAUAAUACUACCAAAAUCUGUUUCCCGCAGUUUUGGUAAGCUGAGAGCCUGAGACUUGAGAAAGCUUCUUUCUGCAAAUCUUUCAUUUUUCUUCAACGCCAUUUUCUCGUUAUCUGCGAUCUCUCUCUCUCUCUCUCUCCUCCGCUCUUCACAGGUUUCUUUCCUCUUUCUCUCUUCUUAGCUUGUUUAAUUGUUCUUUUUCUCUGAAACUUUGUUAUUUGACUUUUUCAAGAUUAUGUUGAUUUCCCUAUUAAUAAUAAUUCCCAAACCCUAGUUUUUUUCCCUAAAAAACAUUAAAAAUUUGGUUUGUAUGGAUUUGCAAUUGGUGAAUAAGGGUUUAGAUUUUACCCGUAAAAAGAAGAAAUGGGUUCUUCUUUUAGCAGCUUUUGGGUUAACUGGGUAUGGAGCUUAUAGGGUUUAUAAUUUACCAUCUGUUGCUACUAAAAGAAAGAAGAUUUAUAGAUUAUUUAGUGCCCUUGUUUCUAUAUUUGAGGCUGUUUCUGAUUCUGCUGAGACGGUUCAGAUUCUUUCCAAGGAUUUAAGGGAAUUUUUACAAUCAGAUUCUGAUGAAAUUCCUAAUAGUUUGAAGCAGUUUUCGAAAGUAGCUCAAUCCAAAGAGUUUUCUGAUUCUGUUGUUAAGGUUACUGCUGCUUUGACUCGGGGUGUGUUUAGGGGUUAUCAGGCUGAAACUUUGAGGGAUGUUGAUUCUAGGGGUGAUUCGUGUUCGGGCUUUUAUGAUCGCUUUAUGGAUAAGCUGUUGUCGGAGUCUGGCUCCGGUUUUGCUUCUGUGGUUAUUGGUAGUUUUGCUAGAAAUUUGGUGUUGGCAUUCUAUUCGAAUGAAGGGUUUGAUGGGGGAGUGAAUUCGGAUGCCCUGAAUCAGAAAAAUGUUGGUGGUUUGUCAAAUGGGCCUCAAUUGCCUGUAUGGGUUGAUGCGAUGUGUAGUGAUCGUUGCAGGGAUCUGAUUGGUGAAUGCAUACAGAAGUUUGUUAGCACUGCUGUGGCUGUUUAUCUUGACAAAACUAUGAACAUUAACACCUACGAUGAGUUGUUUGCUGGAUUGACAAAUCCCAAACAUGAUAAACAAGUGAAAGAUUUGUUGGUGUCAUUAUGCAAUGGAUCAAUUGAAUCCUUGGUUAAGACAUCUCAUCAGGUUCUUACAAGUUCAGAUUCUGGUGAAAAGGUAGGGCCUGAUUCUUCUGAUGUAUCUCACUUUGUUGUGACGCGUUCGAAGUCGGAUGUGGUUUCUAGAACUUUAUAUCCGGUGAUUGAUGAUAAGCAUAAUGUAAUAACUGUUAAACAGAAUGGAAAUGGACAAGGAAAGUUCCUGGAUUUGGGGGAAGGUCAGAAUUCAUCUAGUGGGAGUUGGAUGUCUACAAUGUCCUCUACCUUGGCUGUUCCAAGUAACAGAAAACUUGUCCUUGACGUCACCGGAAGAGUGACAUUUGAGACAGUGAGAUCGUUCCUGGAGUUUUUGCUUGAGAGACUGUUUGCCAACGUGAAGAGAAGUGUACAUGUUGUGAAAGAUGUUAUCACCAACACUGGCCUAGAAGUUGUAAGAUAUGUUACAGCAAAAUCUUACGUUGUUGCAAGUAUAUGUCUCUCACUCUGCUUACAUGUACUAGGCGGCCCUUGGGAAUUGAUGCCUGCUUGAGUUAGUAAGUCUCUUCCUAAGUAGCUAAAACUCAUCAUCUUUAGCAUAAACUCAGUGCUUUGUAUAUUUCUAUUUGAUAUAUUAAAUUAGCCCGACUAUCACAUGUUCAUUGUAAAUUUUUCAUGUCAACAAACACACCCUAGCUACUAUAUAGCGUUUCUUCUGAACUUGAAUUUUUUUAUCCGCCCAUUAUGCACCAUAUUGUAACCGUGAUGAAUACACAAAGCUAUAAACGCUGAAAUUCUAUGUA